CCUCCUCCUCCUCCUCCUCUUCCUCCAGCGUGAUGCAUGGGAGAAGUUACUAGAACCGCGAUAAGGACAAGCCGAAUGAACAGGGACAGGAGCUUCUGUUUUUAUGAUAGUAUAAAUCUUUGUAAAAAUGACAUGCAAUACUCUUAGGUCCCCACGAAAACAAUUGUGCUUCGCGUCAUCAAGAUUCGGGUAUUCAAAAUAGCUACCACUUUCAGUUACUUCUUUCGAUCAGAGACUACCAUCUACAUAUUUACUCUCCUGGAGACUAUUAGCAUUAACUUUUUUAAUUUACUUGCAACCUCUUUUUUAGUUCUUUCACAUUUCGUUUUUAUCUAAAUAACUGCCCUACUUUGAUCGAGUUUUAUGUGCAGCUCAUCACAUUUUACAACCAGAGGCUACUCAUUAUGUCACCACAGUAGAAAUCAGUAAAGUAUCGCUCAGCAAACACUUGUCAGACAUAGCACUUGAAUAGAAUGUGAAACAGAUAGAGCUGGAAGUUACGUUCUCCUGAGACUCGUGUGGCUGGGCAGAACUCUUUAAAGGGAAAAGCAAAGCCAACUGGUAAGUUAGGUUUAAAUGAUAGACACUGACAUUCCGAAAAAUGUCCUAUCAAAAUGUCGAGCCAAAAAAAAAAUUUCAAAGCCACCGUUUACUUACAAUCAAGUGUAGCUUCGGGCUGAUUCAAGAGAGUCGCCAUGUUGAUAGAUUUUUUUUUUUUUUUUUUUUUUUUUUGCCAAAGAAAGCAGACUUCAAUUCGGAACGUAAGAUGACCUGACUUUCAAUAAAAUGGAUGCUGCUGCAAUAUUAUAAGCAGUUCUGUAGAGUGACCAGCACAGCCUUGACAAUACAACAUGGCGGCCUACUUCAACAGCCUCAGACCUGUGUUUUCAACACGAUUGUAAGCUCACGAUAGUUUUGCAACCAAAAAUUUUGUUCGAAUUUGAUUCAGGACGCCGGUGUAUAUUUUACAACUUAACAUUUGACUUGCAUUUCCAUUUAAUAUUGUUGAGGUGUGGUCGAGCAUUAAUCUCGCCUACAUUUUGUGCACAGCGACUGUUAAAUAGCACGAAAAUGUUGAACUGAUAUAUUUUGGGCAGAUAAUAUGUGAUAAUUCAGCUUCUAAAGUGACAAGGGACAAUUUUCAACUCACUCCACAACGCAUAAAAAUGGCAAACUUUAAGUGGGUCAUGUUGGCGAUCCUUUCUUUUCUCGUUCUUAUGGAACUAAUAGUCAACUCCGCACGCUGGUCUUUUGCCUUGACGCCAUUCAUGACGGCCACGAAUAUUAUUCCGGAACCGGAAGUGAUUGAGCCCUUACAGGUCUACUGCAAAGACGUCCUGAAGUUGAUGGUCUAUGGACAAUGGGAAACUCGAAAUCUUUCCGCUGCUGAAUCCAACGAGAUGAAACUGUUCAAUGAUCAGGUUCGAAAAGAGAAGACAAUCCCGACCAACCUUCAGCGUCCUGACAAACUCUGUGGUAAUGUCACCUUCCCAAAAAUUCCCUUCAGAGCUCUAUGUGACCCUAACGGCGACACCCCUUGCUGCUACAACAACGUCUGCGCCAACAAAACACAACAUCAGUGCACCUGCACAAAUUGCUACGACAUACGACGAAUCAUCGAUGCUGAGUACGCCACCUGGCGCCCUUCCGACCCCACCUGUCAGCUCCGACAUUUGUCACAGAACGAGAUUUGUGAGUUGCUAGAUGGCGCCACUCUCUACUUCAUCGGGGACUCGUUCGUAAGACACGUCUUCACGGCCUUCCUACUGGCAGCCAGGAACAACGAAACCCACGGAGCGAUGGGUCCUCGCACGCCUCCAAAACUUCAAACGUCAUGUGCCGGCCUCUACAUGUUCACGGAAAAAGUCUGCCGUCUUCAUGUGGAUUCAGACACCACCGUAUGCAAUAAAAGAGUCAAAGUCAAGCUGGUGUACAACUACAAAGUUGACUCUGCUGCUGCUGCCGUUACCGCCGUCAUCAACCUCACCAACGUCAGCCGCAGUGUCGUCUUCAUGGCCUAUGGGAUUCACGAUCACUUUGACGUGGAGAAGGUCCGCCAAAAGCUCCUGCUGCCCCUUUUAAACAAAAUGAACUCGUCCAGUAGCAGUAACCCUAAACUUGUUUGGUUAGCUUACCACGCUCCAGGCUUGCUCAGCUCGCCUCUUAAUUACCCUUGGCAGAAACCUGAGCGUAUAUUACAAUACAACCAAGUGAUUGGUCAGUUCCUGAGAAAGUGGCACGUGCCAAUAUUUGAAGCCUUUAACCUGACGGACGGUACGGCCAGCUUCGAUGGCUCUCACUACGGACUUGGGAUAAACAGAGUCAAAGUUCACAUACUUUUGAAUUACAUUUUAGAAUUACGGGAGAAAAAGCUGUGGUAGAAAGCAUUUGUGGAGACAGCCACGUGUGUCCAUGGUGAUACUGUGCUACAUCACUGCUUGCCAUGAAAUUCAGGAUGUGAGAUUUCCAAGAGCUGGUUCUAAUUAAAUACUGUUACUGGUGUCCUGCAGAUGAAGAGCUCUAAGACUUUUGUGUGCCAUUAUGAUUUAACGAAUUAAACCACAUUUACUUUUGUGUCACAAUGACAGUGCACCAGUCUCAUCAACCAGUCUUUAUAUUAAAUGACCCUGGGCUCGUGAGGGCUGAGCGUCGUGAGCUCAACACUCUGAAAACUUAAUAAAGGUUAAGGUUUAUUAAAUUAAUAAAGGUUAAUUAGUAAUAAACUAAUAAAGGUUAAGGUGCAAUAAAUUGCGUGUAUGAACAGUGAAGCAGCAGUUGCAGAGAAAGCAUUAUUAAGAUGGGAAAGAGGGAUAGGAUUCGCUCUUUCAGGGAAAAUAGCAGUUAUAAUAACCCCUCGCACAUGGUACUUCCGCUAACAACAUAGCUCGCUUUUGCAUGACGCUGUCUUGUACAUAUGAUGUAAAUAAUUUAAACUGUUUAAACAUAUCCCAUGUUUAUUUUUCCGUGGGGUUUUUUUUCAACUGCUUAAUCUAAGAUCCUACAGCCAUGAGUUCUUAAUGAUGAAAAGCUGUAUGCAUAUUUACUGAAAAUGAAUAGAUGUAUUGCCAAAAUUAUGAAAAGUACUUAUGAAGCAUUUUUUGCAAUAGCCUAAUAAUAAGAGAUUAUAAUAUAAGGCCAGGAAUCAUUGUCAAUCAAGCCAAUAAUUAACACAAAAACUCUCUAAAAUCCCCAAAUGUAUUCUCUUUGGCAUGUCUCAUUUACUUGCAGCUCACAAAAUUGAUAAGGAAGUAAAAGAUCUUCACUGCUAUGUUUCCUUCUUUCAAAACAAAAUGUAUCAUUUUUUUAUUCUUUUAUAA